GGCGAGAAACUAGUGCAUAUAGCUUUCGAUCUAAUUAUCUCUGUCAAUCAAGGGUUUCUCUGUGUGUGGAAAUUGAAGUUGUCAAUGGCGAAGAAGAUGGAGAUCUUGGGCAUGCUGAUGGUUCUUACACUUUCCUUUAUGAACCCUGCAAAAGGUCUGAUUCCUUACAGAGGAAAUUACGGUGAUUUAUGGGACGCCAUGGUUGAUCCCUUGAAGGUUUUGGACCAGCUCCCUCAAUUCAUUUCCAAAGGCGUCGACGAUUUUGCCCUCGCCCGAACUAACUGGAAGGAAACCCCACAGGCCCAUGUGUUUAUCCCUUUCAAUCGUUUCAUUUCUGAAAAAUGUUUAUUUAGGUGGAAGGAAUUGUAGCAAAUAUAGGUGUGUGUUUGCAGGGAUGAAAAAGGAGGAGAUAAAGAUCCAAGUGGAGGAAAACAGGGUGAUUACAAUUAGUGGAGAGCGGGUGAAAGAAGAGGAGAAAGAGGGCGACAAGUGGCACAGAGUGGAACGUGGCGUGGGUAAAUUCUGGCGGCAAUUUAGAUUGCCAGGCAAUGUGGAUAUGGAUUCCAUCAAAGCUAGUUUGGACAAUGGCGUACUCACCGUCACUGUCCCCAAACUUAGCGAGAUCAAAGACAAAAGCAAUAGAAUUGUAGAUAUUGUUGAAACGGCAGAUGCGAAAGCAGUGGCGUAGUACAGAUCACUGCCUGCUUUUAUAUGUUUUGUUUUCUGUAAUUAUCCUAU